AUGACAGCAAAGAGAAGCAGAGAAGAUGGAGAAGUUGAAGCGCUGGCCAUGGCCAACGGUUUGAUGCUCCUCUCUCGUGUAAGUCAGACUAUGUCAUCAUAUCCGGAUCGUCUUUUUGAGUGUAAGACUUGCACUAGAAAAUUCACAUCCUUCCAAGCACUCGGUGGCCAUCGAGCGAGUCACAAGAAACCUAAAUUACUGACAGUGGACCUUCUUCAUCUAGAAAAUCAAUCGAACUCUAAGACACACAAGUGUUCCGUUUGUGACCUUGAAUUUCCAAUAGGACAAGCACUUGGUGGGCACAUGAGACUUCACCGUGCGAUGGCAGCGCCAAGUAGUGAAGGAUUGGCGACAGAGAAUAAACAGUUGACGGUACCGAUGCCGGUUUUGAAUAAGUCGAAUAGCAAGAGAGUUAUGGGUUUGGAUUUAAACUUGACACCGUAUGAGAAUUGGGUGGAGUUGAGAAUCUGGAAGGUAGCUCUGAUGUUGGACUGUCUUCUUUGA